GACAGAAAAACAAGUGAAAUGAAAACUGAAAAGUCAAAAGCAAAACUAAAAACAAAUCUGAACUCAACUUACCAAACUGAAAACAAAUGAUUUCACGGUUUACCUCUACCUAUUUAUUAACUCAUGUUUUCUCGCUAAAUACUUGUAAAAUAAACUCAUAAAAAAUGGAUACAUCACUGUGUCUUGCAACAAAAUGUGUGGAGUUUCAAAGAAAUCGCACGAGUUUUAGUUUAAGAAAUCUUCGGCUGUCUUUGAAAUAUAGACCUGAUAUCUUGAAAUUAGUUCUAAAAAUGAGGCAAACUAUCAGAAUGAAGAAUGCUUUAUUAAAAAAAUUGCAGCGUCAGUUCAAAAAGAAUCUUGCGAGUAAAAAUACUCAAUGCACGCAAAUUGAUUUAGAUCUACCACAAAAAAAGAUUAAUAUUGACUCAUUGAGACCAGGAAACAGUGAUGUUAACCCUUCUGAUAAAACCAGUGCAUACACUCAAACUUCAGUUGAAGAAAUUGAAGCCUUACUUACAGACAAAAAUGCAAAAGUUACUAAAGAUUCUUACACACAGACUGAUAAUAUAGAUAAUGUUAAAGAAAAUGAAACCUCAAACAAUGACAACAAUGAAGUCUCUUCAACUGCUUGGGACAUUCAGAGUGAUGGUGACAAAACAAAAAGUAUUGCUGACCAAGUGAAGGAGGUGGCACAAAAUGCCCUGCAGCAGACUGGAAUGGUGUAUGUUGAGACAGCUGGCAUGUACUAUGAUUACAAAACUGGGUAUUACUAUAAUUCUGAAUUGGGGCUUUACUAUCACACAGACACAGGCUGUUACUACUAUUAUUCUGAUGAAAAGAAAACUUUUGUGUUUCAUUCAUAUCCAGACAAAAGUGCAAUGGACGAAUCUACAAAGACUCAACAAGUUAAAAAAGCUGCAAAAAAGAAAAAGGCACCACCCUCCGACGAUAUUGAAAACCUGACGAAACAAUUGAAUCAGGAUAAGGAAGAUGGGGAAACCAAACCAAAACGCAGGAAGACUAAGAAUGCAAAGAAAAAGCAGGAAAAUCAAAACACCAUGGACAAGGUUGAAAAAGAUGGAGAAAUGCAAAUUGAUAAUGAAGAAAAAGUUGUAGAUACAUCUGUAGAAGGAAAAGAAAUAGAGAUUGAUUUGAAUAGAGAGUUAGAAGAUGGUGAAUGCAGUGACACAGCAAGUGAGGAUUCGGAGGGUGAAGUUUCAGAUGCAAGCACAUCAACUGCCAGCGAUGAUGAAUCAGUUGCAAAACAUCAUCCACCUUGCAUGCGUAUCAUAGUCCGAGAGACAGGAUUAGCAAAGCUGAAGGUGGGCAGCCUUUACCUAAUCACUAAGGAUGGAGGAACUAUUGGCAGGGAGGGGGACCACCACGCUAUAGUUUUGAGAGACCAUAAUGUUUCUAGGAAUCAUUUAGACCUGAAAUACGACGUGGAGGAAAAAGCGUACUUUGCAGUAGACUUGGGCUCCAAAAACGGCACCCUGCUCAACGGCAGCCGAAUGUCAGAAAGCCAACAAACUAGCGAUCCAAUGCAGGUAGUCCAUGGCAGCACUAUACAGCUGGGUGAAACCAAGUUACUAUGUCACAUACACGCAGGAAACGAUACAUGUGGCCACUGCGAACCAGGACUAAUUAUGGAAACGCAAGAGAAAGAGAAGAAAGUGGCAUACACGCGCACAUGCAGUAUUCAGAAGCAGCAUAAACUCGAAUUGGCACGACUGAAGAACAUAUACGCACCUAAGCGUUUGGCGAUAGAAGAAACCGCUUACAAUGAUAGAGCACAAGCGAGAAGAGAGAAUGUAGGAUCCUCUCAUCAUUCGGAGAAGACCCAGAGCACCGAUAUUAAUACGUUUAUAGCACCAGAAAACAAAGGUUUCAAAUUGCUGGAGAAAAUGGGUUGGUCGAAGGGCGAAGGACUCGGCAAGGACAACCAGGGAGACCGGGAGCCGAUUCCUAUAGUCAGCAACGAAGGGACGACAGGCCUGGGAUCCACGAGUGAGCCAAAAAGAGUAGUUUCGAAGACCCUGGGUCCCGCCACCUUGCGGUUAGCUGCGAAGACCAAGAUGCUCCAACCUCCAGCCAAGGUCUUUCAGCAAGAAGAAGAGGAUUCCGAUGAGACUUAAAAUGUUUCCUUACGAGCUACUUUAUGCAGCGUAUUUUCAGCCUAAGUCCAGCCUACCAUCCGACUGGCGAAGUAUAUUGUUAUAAUACGUAUUACAUAAAUUAUAAAUCGUUACUUAGGUAUAAUAAAAUUAAUCUGUAUGAUAGCUAAUUUAUGUUUUUAGUUUAAGUCGUGUGUUAAAAAUUUACAAUUGGUGAUUUUAAAAAAAUUCAAGGAAUUAUUCUUAAAUAAUUGAAUUGCUAAUUUAAUAGGUAUAUCAUGCGACACGAGUAAAUACUUAUUGUAUUUAAUUAAAGGUAAUUAUUUUAUUAA